AUGAGCACUACGAUGGUUGCGCUCCCUGAUAUCAAAGACGACGUUGCUUUUAUUACAGGCGCGGCAUCCGGAAUAGGGUAUGCUCUAACGAAGGAGCUGGCGACUCGUGGAGCUCGUGUUAUUAUCACGGACAUUCAAGAAACUACGUGCCAGACUUUGGCUUCGGAAUUGAACAGGGAAGCUGGCGAGACCGUUGCUGUUGCUGCCAAAGUGGAUACGACUUCGUGGGAUGAACAAGUAGCUGCUUAUGAACUAGGAAAACAAACUUUUGGGCGAGUGGAUUACUUUUUCGCAAAUGCAGGAAUUGUGGAGGCCAUGUGGAUACCUAGAUUUGAAGCCGACAAGUUUGAUGUUGAGACACCAAUCGAGAAACCCAACCUCAAAACCACUGAGAUCAACUAUAUAGGACAGCUAAACACAGCUGCCCUUGCACUGCAAGUCUUUCAGAGACAAGAACUGAACCGACACGGGUUCCGGGGAAAGCUAGUUUUGACGUCGUCAAUAUAUGGAUUCUUCCAUAGUGUCACAAUGCCGAUGUACUGUUCGUCCAAGUCAGGCAUCUUAGCUUUCACGCGAUCUACAUCGGAUUUACACAAGGGUAAAAACAUCACAAUAAACUGCAUUUGCCCCAAUGCGACUCCGACGAACAUCGUGCCUCCGGAUUUCUUCAUUGCCUUUCGGGAGCAAGACGUUUUGACGCCACUCGAUUUUGUCAUCGAACAAUACAUUUCUGUCCUCGGUGCCAGCCAGGAUAACGGUAAAGCGAUUGGAGUUUAUAAAAGGAAUGCCUGGGAUCAUCCCCUGGAUACUUACAGGAGGGAAGAAAACCGGGCAUCAUAUGGGCUGAUUGACGAUGGCGUGGCGAAGGCGUUUGGAUACUGGGACUAG